GUGUCGCGGGUAUAUAUACCAGCUACGGAAGCAUUGGCGUAACCGGUCGCGAUCCUUUCAAAAAGAAAAUUCUCUCGCCAAUUCUCGCAAUUGCAUCGACGACGGUGGCUCGAGUAAACGAAAUAGCAGAGAUCGCGUCGAAAUUAUCGAAUAGAGUUUUUGCUGGUCCGCGGCCUUUCGAUCGUCGCUCGAGAAACGAACAAGAGAGAGAAAGAAGAAGGAAGCCCUACGACAUAACAGCUACACCGAUGGGGUAUUUCGUGCGCACACGCAUGCACUAGCGAUAGUGUUGGCCGCGUCAUUACACCCAUACUCGCGUGCACACCUGCGGGAGAACGGUCGACGAAUCCAUCUGCGAGCAGGCGAGGUCUCGCGUAUUCGUGCGAUCGGAGGACCCUAUGCCUUUGUGAGUACACGCGUGUGUUGGAUGAACGAGUGUAGUACGGAGGCAACAACGGACGGCAACUUGGGACCCAAGCAAAUGACGUGUUUCUAUCGUUUCAAUGUUCUCGACAGUGCAUCGAUCGCGUUCGCGUCGGCAAAUAGUAUUCCUCGACUAGUCUCGCAGUCGUGUUCGGUACGUCAAAACGCGGCUGCGUUCACGUUGAAACGUGUUCGAGAACUGUGGCACGCGAGCACGUGAUCGCGAGUGACCAAGACCACGACAUUUUCAACCUCGAAAUAUCUUUAACCGAUGGCUCGUGCUGCGGUUUCGUCUAGUCUCGUUACCGAGAAGGAAAGCGGGUACUCGGUUUCCGCACGAAUCGCGUCGUUCAGCGGACUGUGCAACCUCGAAUAUCGACCAGAGGACGAUCGAUCGACGCUGCAGUCUGGAUCCUUGCUUUUCCAUCGAAUCGAUCCAUAUCUCUGUUCGAUCGCGCGAGCCAAUCGUUCCUUUACGAACACCUCGCGAUUACGAUUAUGAACAUCUCGAUCCAAGGAUACAGGAAAAGGAAACAUUGACAUCGUGAACAAAACCUUCUAUUCUAUCUUGAAUAUCGUGUUCUCGCUUUCCGAAGGUGAAACGUGUUGCGCGCUCGAUAGAAUGCAAAUGCGCACUAGAUAGAAUACAAUGAACAUACCUAUCGUAUCGGGAGAUAUCGUCGAAGACGAUAUUCAUAAGCCACGUUUCGUUAGGGACUUUAUCCUCGAACACUAUAGCGAAGACGGAACGAAUUACGAGGAGGCGAUCGCGGAUCUGAUGGAAACCAGACAGGCGACGCGGACGCCGACCAGAGACGCGGCAGGCAUCGCGUUGUUGUUACGCUACUACAAUCAACUGUACUUCGUCGAGCGAAGAUUCUUCCCUCCCGAUCGAAGUCUGGGCAUCUAUUUCGAGUGGUUCGACUCGUUGACAGGGGUUCCCAGUUGUCAACGAACCGUCGCGUUCGAGAAAGCUUCGAUUUUGUUCAACGCAGCCGCUCUGUACACUCAAUUGGCUGCGAAGCAGGAUCGUCUGUCCACGCGAGGCUUGGACCAGGCGAUCGACGCGUUCCUGCGAGCCGCCGGUACCUUUCGUUACAUACACGAAAACUUUACCAACGCACCGAGUAUGGAUCUUGGGCCGGACAUGCUCGAGAUGCUCGUUCAACUGAUGCUGGCUCAGGCGAGGGAAUGUUUGUUCGAAAAAUUGGAACUUCAAUCGAAGGACGGGAGGAACAUCGACGUUUCGUUGGACCUAGCGCAGGAAGCGUCACAGGUUGCGGCCGUCUACAGCGAUGUCCACGGCUUGAUCUCGCGCGAACCGGUCCGCGACUACGUACCGGAAACCUGGAUAUCGUUGAUCUUGGUGAAACGGGAACACCACCUGGCUCUCGCGCACAAGCACCUCGCGCUUGGAUUGUUCGAUAGAGCGAUUACCGAAUGGCGAGCUGAAACUAAACUCGCGCUCGAACACGUGCAAAGGAGCGACGGAAAGACGCAGCUCGACGUGAUCGUGCCACGGGACGAUAACGAAAGGAAGCUACUGGCGAAAGCGCAUCUCAGGGAAGCUUUGGUCCUGCACGAGGAAAGUCAGAGGCUGCAAAGAAUGUGCAGAGACUUGAAAGCGAAACAGGCGCUCGCCAAAGUUUUGAAGAGAGUACAAGAAUCGACGGUGGAGGAUUACAAUGGCAUCGGGGACGAGGAUGACUUUCGAGGAUUGUUGGAUCCUCCGGAUAUCAUAGCAUCCACCAAGUUCCAAUUGAACAUCACUCAUCCGGAUUUCGGGCAGCACGGAGUGGAAGAUCUUUUCAGAUCGUUGGGUCCGGUCGCUAUAUUUUCAGCUAAAAGACACUGGACCGCGCCGCGAUUGAUACAGCUGCAACGAGGACCCGACGGCGAAGGGUUCGGCUUCAGUGUACGGGGUGAUGCUCCUGUAAUAAUAGCUGCGGUCGAUCAUAAUUCGUUGGCCGACUUGGGUGGCAUGAAGGAAGGCGAUUUCAUAGUAGGAAUCGGCGAUAAAGAUGUCAAGUGGUCGUCCCACGAACAAGUGGUUCGGCUGAUCAAGCAAUCCGGCGAUUUUAUAAACUUAAAACUGGUUACGCCGAUGGACAGAAAUUAUUUAAAGAAACCGGGUAAGGUUAACCAGCAGGACAAGGGAAGCGUUUCGGCAAGCAGCUCUUCCGGCAUUUCCUCGGGUCAACCGAGUCCUGCCGGUUCCGUUACCACCGCCCACGUAGCUAAGAAACUACCGUGGAAUCCGUUUAAAAAGUCGGUCACGCAGCGCGACAGUAGGGACCUGACGUUCGACAAUGUGAUCCUUAGAUGACUCUUUGGAUAUUGUACGCGGUUGUUGCAAUUGGAGUUCUCGUCGAAACGUUUAUCAGAUGCUUCCAGGUUCAACAUUGGCUGGUAGCCCUCCGAAUUGCAGGAUCGCGCUAUCUCGUUGCAACGUUUGCACUUUUCUCUUGCACGAUUCUGUGUAAUAUUUUAUCUAUCGAGCAUGUACUUACGCGUACGAACGCGAAACUCGUCGUGUUUCGUGUAUUAAAGUACGUUAUAUCGAUGGAUCGCGAAGUACAGGGGUAAAAUAAAAGGGCAAUUCAACGGAACUUGGAUGUUCUUCGAUAAACGAAUACGAACGAUCGUAUAUCGUACAUCGUAUGUUGAUCGUAUAUUACGUAUGAUUGUAUAAUGUACAGUGACGAUCGAUGAGAAACGUAUGGAGCGAAACAAAAAUGUAAGCAUACGUUAUACACCAAUUAUAUUUUGUUCACGAGUU